AUGCAGGGAACGGAGAAUGCCGAAUCUAAGGAUAAAGGUGUAGUAGUUUCUUCAGCAACCACUUCACAAGGUGAGACUAUAACUAAAUUAGAUACCUAUUUUUCAAAUAGUUAUAGCCAAGUCCUCUUGGCUACAGCUCUUGUUGAAGUAGAGUCAAGAACAGGUAGUAUUGGUUUAGUCUAUAGAUGUUUGUUGGAUCAAGGCUCUCAGGCUUCGUUGAUCACGGAGUCUGCUGUCCAAGCCCUUGGACUCAAGAAAAUUCCCAACAAGGUCCAUAUUUCCGGAAUCGGAGGAGGAAAUGAAUCUUUAGCUUCUAUGUCAGUAGUUGAAAUCAAGCUAAGGUCAAUUCAUAAUCCUCAAUUCACUUUGGUCGUCAAAGCCCAUGUGCUUAGCAAACUGACAUCUUUUCUUCCCUCAAAGAAAAUAGUGUUGAGUUGGAUGAAGAAUUAUUUACAAGAUCCUCAACACUUCGAAAACUCAUUAGAACUGUGGCUUAUU